UUCGCGGAGGGAGUAAUGGCGACGCUGGACGAAAACAGCCGCCGUCGCCGCCGCCGCCGGAGAGCCAGCCGUCCGCCUUGUCGCUACGCGCCGGGGGGGCCGCCGUCGACGCGUCCGUGAGCAACGUCGAGCUUCGGGACGAGGACAGGCGGGCCGCGGCGGCUCGUUAAGAGACCCAACAAGACCCGGAGCGGACUGCUUGUUUUAUUUUCGUCUUAAUCUCCGGACUCGUCCCCCAUCCAGGAAGCGCGAACGCGGGUGAUCGGACGGGAUGGCCGCCCAGGAGCCUUCGCCGCCGUCGUCCAUGGAGAGCAACAAGCCGGGCCUCCCCAAGAAGAUCCUGGGCAACAAGCUGGAGGACAAGCACCUGUGCAAGUCCUGCCACAACAUCCUGCGGCGACCCUUCCAGGCGCAGUGCGGCCACCGCUUCUGCUCGUACUGCUUCAACCUGGCCAUCAGCAACGGGCCGCAGAAAUGCAACGCCUGCAUCAAGGAGGACAUUUUCGAAGAGGCCACGUCAAUCCUGAAACAAGGAUGCGCUUUUCCCGACAACGCCGUCCGGCGGGAAGUGGAAAACCUCACGGCCGUCUGCGUGAACGAAAGCUGCUCUUGGAGGGGAUCCGUCAAAGAUUACGAGCUGAACCACGAGGGCAAGUGCGAGUUCAUGAUCGUCCCGUGCCCGUCCUGCAAGGAGCGCAUCCGCUUCAACGACCAGGAGCGCCACAGCGAGCGCGAGUGCCCGGAGAGGACGCUCAACUGCAAGUACUGCAAGGAACCUUUUCACUUCAAGAACAUCAAGGCUCACGACGAGAUCUGCCCUAAAUACCCGAUGAUCUGCGAAGGCUGCGCCAAAAAGAAGAUACCGAGGGAGAAGUACGUGGACCACAUCAAGUACUGCAGCAAAUUCAGGAUGCCGUGUCGCUUUCACGUCGUGGGCUGCGACAUGUCGGUGGAGAAGGAGAAGACCCACGACCACGAGCGAGCGUUCGCUUACGAGCACCUCAACCUGCUGCUGCACUACAUCAUGGGCAUGAAGGUGAGCAUGGAGGGGCUGCAGCCGCAGGGUCUGGAGGUGGCGGGGCACAAACUGGUGGAGCUGCAGCAGUCCCUCAGGGAACUGGAGGCCCGGGUCUCCCAGCUCAGCACCACCUCCUCCUCCUCCUGCGGGCCUCCCGUGCAGGGAGCCGGCGCCUCCUCGUCCUCCGGCUCUGGCCCGCCGGCUCCCCUGCCCCCGCCUCCCGCUCUGGCCCCCGCCCUGUCCGUGUCCACCUCCUUCACGCCCCUGCCCAGCUCGGUGGGCGCGGCCCUGGAACUGCAGCUCCACAGCGAGAAGACCAAGGUGGCCGAGCUGGGCCGCCGCUGCACCGAGCUGGAGGUGAAGGCGGGCACCUUCGAGAACGUGGUGUGCGUCCUGAACAGAGAGGUGGAGCGCUUCGCCACCACCAUGGAGGCCAGCAACCGCCAGCACAAGCUGGACCAGGACAAGAUCGAGGCUCUGAGUAACAAGGUGCGGCAGCUGGAAAGGACGGUGGGCCUGAAGGACCUGACGGUAGCGGAGAUGGAGGGUCGGCUAAGGGAAAUAUCCGCCACCACGUUCGACGGCGUCUUUGUGUGGAGGAUCUCGGAUUUUGCCAAAAAGAGGCAGGACGCCGUUGCCGGUCGGGCCCCUGCCAUGUUCUCGCCAGCUUUCUACACCAGCAAAUAUGGCUACAAAAUGUGUCUGCGGAUCUAUCUGAACGGGGACGGGACGGGGCGCGGCAGCCACUUGUCCCUGUUCUUUGUGGUGAUGCGGGGACUCAGCGACGCGCUGCUCAAGUGGCCCUUCAACCAGAAGGUGACCCUGAUGCUGCUGGACCAGAGCAACCGGGAGCACAUCAUAGACGCCUUCCGGCCCGACGUCACCUCGUCGUCCUUCCAGCGGCCCGUGAGCGAAAUGAACAUCGCCAGCGGCUGCCCGCUCUUCUGCCCGCUCUCCAAACUGGACGCCAAAAACUCUUACAUCCGCGACGACACCAUCUUCAUCAAGGCCAUCGUGGACCUCACCGGGCUCUAGAGGGGCGCCGGGGGGGCCAUAGGAGAUGUUCAGUUUUGACCAGCGGACCGGGGUCUGCAUUUUGACUCCCGAGGUCAUCCCUCCAGGGCGCGGCGACGGCGUCCUUCCGCCGCUUGGGGGGAGUUCCGGACGUGCGCCCCGGGCGGCGCCGUUACUGCGGUGAGAAUGUCCGUCACCCACCGUUUGUUUCCAGCGCGGCAACAUUUUCGCAGGAGGACGCCCGACGCGUCGUCGGGCGCGGGUUUAUCAUCGCGGCGCUAGCUAAUCCGGGGAUGGUGAGGUCUUCUGCUUCUUCGUCUUGAGAUUGUCGGUGUUGUGAGCCUCUCUGGUCUGGUGUUGAGUACAUUUGCAUAGACAAACGUGGAGUUCUGUGAUCAACAAGGCUUCAACCCUUCGUUUUUUUUUUUUUAGCCCCACGGCGCCACGUGCAUGCUCUCCGGCGCCUCACGUCCCUCGAAGCUCGACAAGCGCACAGUCGUUAGUUUUCCCGUGCGUGUGUCGUUUAGACGACAAGCGGUUCCUAAACUAGGGUCCCCGGACCCCUGGGGUGGUCCCCCCGGGCCGUAACCCGGGGUUCGGUGAAAAACUUGCAAUAAAUGCUGAACCAAUCACAGAGCCACCUUGCCGAUAGAUUUCACGUUGCUGUACAUAGGCCAGAACUACUGAUUCUGAAGAACCUGGGCAGAUAUGUAAUUGUUUAAUAUGCACGAUAUUUUUUCCCAAGUCGAUUCCCGCUAACUCCCUACUUCUCAAGACCGCGGCAAUAACUUAUUCAUAUAUUUUUAUUUAGAGUUAACUGUAGUUUGUGCACACCUGGAGUAAAAAAAAAAAAAAUACGCAAAUGUUUGUCCUAACCAAAUAUGAUAUCAAAACAAAUUUCGAAAACGCUUUUCCUGAAUUGCACGAGAAAGUGUUUUUCAGCGGCUUAUCGGAAGUAAACUUCAGGCGUUGAUGGAUGCAAAAUAAAAUAAACAUAGAUUUGCCGCCGCAUAAAAAAAAGUAUUCCCCGUAAUUUCCGGCCAACAUGCCGCGGCUUUUUUCACGCGGUUUAGGCGGCGAUGUGGCUAAUUUGUGCGUUUUUUCUAACGGCCGAAAGGGGGCACUCGAGCGGAAAAGGUAAGAGUGAGACCGGUGGAAUAUAUGUGCCGAGGAAGUGACUUUUACCCGUCCGAGCCUGUUACUGCCGUGUCUCAGUGAUUUUUACCGGUAUCUAUUUUUUUUAAACCGGCCCUGUUAGUGCGGCGCUAGCGUUAGCGCGUUCGUUAGUGCGGCGCUCGUGUUAGAGUUAGUGCAGUGGCGCUAGCGUUAAACUGUGUACCGUUUUUCUUUGUAAAUAUCUCGUGUUUCAAUGUGGGCACUUGCGGCUUUUACGCAGCUGCGGCGUAUGUACGUACCAAACCGUAUUUCCUUUACAAAUAUACUGGGAAAACACCACAAAUGAAGAAAAAUUGCUAUCGGGGACAAACCAAAUACAAUUUUACAGAAUCGAUAUCAGAAUUUAGGUUCCAAAUGUACAUACUGCACAUCAGUACUUCUGAUAUUGCUGUAGACAAGCAGAAAAUGCUUUUCUGACCCGUCAACGUGUCAAUGAGAAAUGUGCAUCGCUACUGUGCAUAUGUUGGCAACCUCCGCGGCACUAAAACAAACUCCCAGAACCAUCUUAGCUUUGGACCAUUUUCAAGCUCUGGUGUGAUUUGGACGUAUAGCAAACCGUAAAUCUGACAUCCCUCCAUGCGGGCCACGUUUCUAGCGCUCCGGUUCUUGUACACGUCGGCCAAAGGCACCCUCGCCAAGUGUUUACGGCUUGGAAGUACAGGACAACCUCGGUUCUCCACUACAAUCCGUUCCAGAAGGCGGUUUCAGAAGCUAUUUGUUCAAAAACCGAAUCGAUAUUUCCCACGUCAGCGUUAUACACGAUAACAAGGUGCGUCGUGGGUCAGCUGGUCGGGCCGCGCGCGUUAUGUUAUUUCCGGGUUUUGUUGCAAGCAUUCGAGUACCAAUUUUUAUUCGAAAACAAAUGCAAAAAAAAAUCUCAACAUUUUCGUUCGAUAACCGAUUUGUUCGAGAACGAAGACGUUCGAGAACCGAGUAUUCGCUGGACCUCGCCAAUAUUCCUGUUUAAGCACUUCCUUCAGGGUCUCAACUCAGUUCAAUAUAAUCACUAAGAUGCCAGGAGAUGACGUCAAAGCGCUGCUUUGGUCUAAAUGAAGCGCCUCUACUCACUUCAGCAUUGUUCCUAACAACAAGAAAUGUUUAAAUGGAGUUCUUUAAUAACUUCAACGUAGUUUCUUGGCACCGAGAUGCCACAAAGCCCUAUUUUUGUACAAAGAAAUUCUUCAACUCACUUCACCAUAGUCCUUGGCACCAAAAUAGCAAGAAAUGGCAGCAAAGCACUACCUUUGUCCGAAUCAAGCUCCUCAACUCACUUAUUUCUUUGUCUUCAGCAUGAUGAGAGAUAGUUACAUGAUAGCUGUGACAUAAAAUUUGAUUAAAGUCCUUUUUAUUAAACGAGUUAUAACGUUUUCAAGUUGAAAUAAUAAUCACAUGGCACAAAGUUAUGUUUAAUUGGAGCUAGGAUUACGAGGGGGCUCGUUGGAAAAAGUUCUUCCCCCGUCAGGGCUCCCCGGACCCCAAAAACUUUGAGAACCUCUGGUUUAGAAUGAAGCGUCCCUUUUGGUGUAAAGUUUGUGCUCGUUCCGGGGGGCUGGGGGGGGGGUAAUGGUGGUGGUGGUGGGGGGGCGGGGUGUUGCGACCGGUGCUUUGGUACAUCUGUGGAAGAUACAGUGGAGUUAGCGAGGUGUCCGAGGCGCAGGCCCGACAUUGUGUUUUUGUUUUUUUUUUUUUCUCUCGAGUCCACACCCCUCCCCCCCCGGAAUCCCGCAAUCACGCUCGCUGGCUCGCAUCUCGACAGGUGGCGCCGUUCCCUCCCCUCGCACGCCCGCUCACCGAGAGAAGGAACGUCGUGUUCUCGUGGGUCCAAAUCGUGACGCGCGCGGCCGCUAGCCGAGCCGGCGUACCGACGUGAUUCUAGUAGUUGACGGCGUUUUUGUGGGCGCAAAUGUACAGAAAGACAAACUCAAGACUGUUGUACAGUGAACCCUCUCCAUUCACGACGGUUAGGGACCGAAAAAUGUGCAAAUCAUAGAUGCUUCCUUCCAAAUAAUAUUCAUAAUUGCCUUUAUUAAUAGUUCAAACCCUUAACAUACCCAAAAGUAUGAUCCCAAAACAUUUCUCAUUUCAAAAUCUUGAAUUCUAACCCACUUCCGCAGGACCAAGAUGGCAGAAAAUAAUUUUUUUUGUGAAAUGAAGUUCCUCAACUUACUUUAACAGCACGGUGGAACAACUGGUUAGCGGUCGGCCUCACAGGUCUGAGGACUGGGGUUCAAAUCCCGGCCCCGCCUGUAUGGAUUUUGAACGUUCUCCCCCGUGCCUACGUGGGUUAAGAUAGCCAGGGUAGGCGCCGACACUCCGGCGACCCUUGUGAGGAUAAGGGCCUUAUAUAACUGAUGGAUAUAGUUUACUACACACGCUCGAGGUAGCUUCGUCAUCGUCCACGCGCAACGGACCUUUCCGAUGGCGACCUUAAGCUCCGCCCCCAUUGCCAUGUCCCACAAGCUUCCAAAAUGGCGACUGAACAGAACAUAUUCCAUUUAAUGUUGGGGUAUGUUUUUUAUGCCAAAUGCGUCAGACUUGUCCGAGAGAGUUUCACAAAGAGGUCUCAAGUAUUUCACGCAAGGAUUGGCACACGAAAUUAAGAUUGCGGACAAAGUUACGGCAAAACGUCGGCGAUCGAAGCGAAAAAAGUUUGACGCCUCAGAGACUUCAUAUUGAAAUCCAACAGGAUAAAAUAGUGGAAUCGUACUGCGCAUGGAAAACAGGGUGAGUACUUUUUACUUGGAAAGUUCACGAGUAAUAUUGUAGUCUUUAGAAGUGAGUGGGUGUAUUCAUUUGACCCGGCUCGUAAUGGAACCCAGGAUACCUUUCAUCGGAACUGCACGUUCCCCAAGCGCAUCUGAGGACCAUUUUCUUCGUAACAUAAACUUUUGCAGGCGCACACUACUGACAACCAGCAUUGCUCGUGGGACAAGAUGGCGGCAGGGGCGUGUCGAGCCAGGGGUUAAGACGAUGCGGCUAUCUGAUUGGCUAUUAUUGUACGAGUGAUUGACAGGUCGGAAAGGUCCAUUGAGAUAGAUUCUUCUUCUCCUACGUGAAUAUGCCGCAGGGUUCGUGACGCUACAACAAAGUAGCAGCUUGUUGUCCGUAAAAUACUGCAUGUACACUUCUGUAUAAUGUAUAUAAAGCGUCAGGAUCCUCCCCCCCCCAGUAUCACAACGGGUCAAGCCCCACAAUUUCAUAAGCACCGGUUUCAACGAAGUGCCUCAACUCACGUUAUGAUAGUUCCUUGAAAUCAAGAUGCCACAAAGAUGACGGCUAAGCACUACUUUUGUCCGGUGACAUUUCUCAACUCACUUCAACGUAGUUCCUUGGCUCCAAGGUGCAGUCAAAGCACUACUUUUUGUCUAAAUGACGCACCUUGACUCGCUUCAACAUAUCUCAUUGCACCAAGACGCCACAAGAUGACGAAACUCCUCACCUCAGUACGGCAUAGUUCCAUGGUACCAAUAUGGCUCGUUUUGUCUCGUGAAGCACCCCAUUCUCACUGCAACAUAGUUCCUUGGCGCCGAGAUGGCAGGGGUUCACUGUACUUUUUUCCGUGGGUGCAAAUGUACAAUUAUUGCGAUUGUUACGCUUACAAAAUCGACGUUGAAGCUCGUGGGCUUGAAUGCUCUUAUUAUUAUUUUUUUUUGAGUCUUUGGAAGGGUCCCGUUGGCCUGUUUUCAAACCAUUCUCGACCGGCAUUGAAGCCUCUCUGUGCAUGGGAGACUUGAAUCCGUUAAAGCGGCCCCGCGCCGCCCGUUUAUUUCCAUUCGUUCGGAGGAGAAUGCGGUAGAGUUAGCUAUUAUGUUAUAUCUGGCCGCGCUCGUCGCAAAGUACCGGCCUAUAGUCCGUAUAACGAUCGUAUAAAUAUGUAUUUUUCCAUAUGAUAAUUUCCUAUAUAAAAUCUAUAUAUGCGUGCAGACGUGCACAAUCUGUUAUAAUAAAAGAUAGUAUGACCGAAUACACUAUUGAUUCUAUAUCUACGUAUCUAUUUUGUGUGUUUGUUUGUCGAAGAUGGUUUAAACAGGCCAGUUGAUCCCUUUUGGUGCAGCGUGAGAUCUUCUCGGGUGCAAUAUGAUAUUUUUAGGGUCCACAGGGGUGGGGGGGUCGCGCAGGACUUAUUUAGCGCUGUUUGUUUACAUUGCUGCAAGCAACUUUGAACUUUUCUCACAUGAAUAUCGUCGCCGAGCCGGCGGAAAUGACCUAAAUUUCACGUUGUGCGCUUUGUGGUUUCAUAUUCGUAGAUGAAUAAAAACAAAGCAUGUAACCUGAGUACCAUUACAUGUAUUUAAAAAAAAACAAUAAAUUAAUAACCUUUUGUGUCGUGCCAAACUCAAAUAUUACCUCCAUGUUGUAUUGAAGGUGUUUGAUUUGUUUAUUCUAUGCCUCUACAUUACUGUAUGUUGCCAAAUGGUUAAUAGUUGGUAAACUUGAGCUGCUGUUUGUGUUAUAAUAAAGCGCGUGGGUGUGUAAAUGCAUGGGUCACUACUAGCACCGGAGGAUAUAUUUAAAAAUGAAAAAUAAAAAAGUGCCCACCAAUAAAAUAUCCUCAUAUUUUACUCCCACGUAAUAUGAAUGUAAACCCUUUACAACACUGAAAGCAAACACUUGUGCGCGUGACGUGAUGCAGUCGAAAGGAAGAAAUUUGUUAUUUUGUGCACUUUGCAUUAGUUCCAUGUUCAAACAGGGUAUUUUUAAUUUGUGUACCUUGAAGUCAAGAGCCAUACAAGUAUUCCCGAUGUUGAUAUUUGAUGUGUUAACGCUAAAAAAAAAAAAAAGAAACUUGCAGUCUGUAAUAAAAGU